CCCAGCGGGACUGCGCGAGUUCAGGAUCAUGAGAUAGUGAUUCCGUGUGAUCGAAGACAUCUUUUUCCGACAGUUGCAUCAACGAGUCAAGUCAAGCCAGCAAAAUGCAGCCUUCAUAUCGCCCCUUCCCCCAACAGGCGCCGCCGCAGCGGUCUCCUCAUGCCGCCGCGACUAGGAGAGGAAUUGGCCCCAUGAUCUCCGGAUCACAUCCUCAGAACCCAUUGACGCCGGCGCAAAUGCAGGCUCAACAACAGGCCGCCCAGGCGCAGGCGAGUGAUCGCGCAAAGCUUCGCAGUCGUAAACCGACCGACAAGAAUAUCCCAGACGGCGUUGAGGAGUGCAUUAUCGGAGAUGGGGUUCAACGAUACAAAGACCUUAGGGAUCUUGAGCGGCGCUUAGAUGCCACAAUGAUGCGAAAGAGACUGGAUAUCGCAGAUGCCGUCAAUCGAAAUGUGAAGCGUUACAGGACAUUACGGGUAUGGAUAAGCAACACUGUGGAAGAUCAACCCUGGCAAGCCGAUUCUCUCGAUGUAGAUGCCUUCGACUUCAGCACAAACAUGGACUCCUCAUACCGGGUGAAGAUUGAAGGAAGAUUGCUAGAUGAAGAUGAGGACGACCUAGAUAGUGACGACAGUGACGAUGAGAGCGAAGCAGCAGACGGCGAUGCCAUGGAUCAGGAUGGAAAGGAAAAGAAAAAGAGAAAACCUCCUGCGAAGCAAUACAGAUUCUCUCAUUUCUUCAAGGCGAUGACCGUCGACUUUGAGCGCAGCAAGACCAAGGACGGCGCGGAACAGAGUGUGGAGUGGAAGAAGCCAGUUGUUGCGGCCAAUGCCGCCAACCUUCCAAAUGCGGCGGACUUUGAUCAAUUAGAAUUCAAACGUGGUGGUGAUGAAAACAUUAAUAUCACCAUUAACCUCGUUCGGGACGAGAAUCCUGAGAGGUUUCUACUGAGCCCUCAACUUGCCGAUAUCUUGGACACGAACGAAGCUACGCGCGCGGAGGCUACAAUGGGCGUUUGGGACUAUAUAAAAGCAAUGGGGUUACAAGAGGAUGACGAGAAGAGAUCGUUUGACUGUGAUGAUCGUCUACGAGCCGUCCUGCAACGAGACAAAGGAUAUAUACCAUACGUUCCAGAGGCCCUCACCAACCACAUGAGCCCACUUCCGCCAGUCAAGCUCCCGUACACCAUCCGCGUCGACAAAGAGUUUCACGAGAACCCUCAGCCUACCAUUUAUGACAUCCGCGUCACUGUUGAUGAUCCCCUGCGAUCCGCUCUUGCUUCCUACUUGACCAAUCCAGCAUAUGCACAUGACCUCCGGGAAAUCGCAUCCCUUAAUGACCACCUCGCCGUUCUUAUGCUUAAGAUUGGAAACUCGAAAUCCAAACAUACUUUCUUUGAUGCCUUUUCAAAGAACCCAACCGAGUUUAUUGGCAAGUGGCUGAGCUCCCAGAAGAGAGAUUUGGACAUUAUUGCUGGUGAGGCGAUAAGAGGUGGUGAGGACGCCAAUGGAGACGAGUGGAGAAGGGGUGGGGAGAAUGGUAUCUGGGGAAGUGAUACUGUGCGGGAGAGCGUCAAUCUCAUUGUUGGGACCAAACCAAGGACAUAGUAGAUAAUCACAUCACUGGCUC